AUGUAUACUAUUAAGUCUUUGGGUCUAUUAGUUUGUAUUUUAUCUAAAGAAUUUCAAAUAUUUGAAGAAGAAAAUAACAUUUUGCAUGAUCUAAAUCCAUUGGAAGUUCACAGUAUAGUAAAAGAAAAAUUAAGAUUAAAAGGAAUAAGCCUUAACCAAAAAAGUGUUCCUUCUAAUUCAACGCAGAUUCAGAAUAGGCAAAAGAAUAGUUACAACAAUAUACAACCAAUUGUUGUUCAGUCAUCAAAUACUUAUGCCUACACACAAGAUCCUUUUGAUUUGAGCGAAGUUAGAGAAUGUAGUCCAAGUAACAAUGAAGUUCAGACUAUUUUACAACAACAUACUGAUCAAGAAUUACAAUACAAUUAUAUGGAAACACACAAUGAUAAUUUUGAAACUGUGAGUAAUUAUUCUAAUGGAAUUGAUGAAAAAGAAGAAAGCAAUUGUUAUUCAAGCAAUUCUGUGUUCAAUGGUUCAGAGAUCUCGACAAUAAGACGACCCUUAGAUAAGUCUGAUAUAAUAGAUAAUGGAAUUGGUAGCCAAAUAGACGAUAUUUUAACAAGCUUACAAGAGAUGAACAUUCAGUUAAAAUGUAUAUCAAAAAAACAAAAAAAAAUUGAUAAUCAAAUUAAUGCUGCUAUGUCAAUAAAUUCAUCUAGUUUAUGUGCAAAUCUAGAACCAGCUCUGAUGAAUAUGGUGAAGAAUGCAAGUGAUCAAUCACAUCGGAAACUUCAAAUCAUGAUAGACCAUCAGCUAAAUACCUCGCAUAAGAAAAUAACAGAGAUUGUCAAAGCCACAAACUCCAAUAAAGUAGAUACAGAAUUAUUUACAAAGUCUUUGGUUGCUUCAUUGAAUCCAACUCUUGAUGCGAUUCUAAAAGAUCUUUUUAUGAGUACAGUUAUACCUAAGUUUGAACAUGCUUGUUGUUCCAUGUUCAAACAAAUUGAUGCGUCCUUUACUGAAAGAUCACUAGAAUAUCAAAACGAAUUAAAGUCUCUACUUAACGAAGAAGGUAAUAUUAAUAACAAAUUAGAAUAUGCUUUUGAUAAAUUCAGGGGUGACAUGAAUAACAUCAUCAAAAGUACAGAGAAAAAAAUAUUAAGUACUCAAAAUGAUUUGCAAAAACAAUUUUCAAUUCUACUUAAAGAGAAGUCACAUAUGGAACCAUCUAUGAAAGACACUGAUAAUACUGCUACCCAAUUUAUGAUUUUAUGUGAUAUUAUAAAACAGGGAGAUUAUGCACUGGCGUUUGAAAAAGCAUUGUCUGCAUCAAAAUUAGAACUGGUACUUUUUGUUUGUGAAAAAAUACAACCGGAACAACUUUUCAUUCCACCCAACGCUUUAAAAACUCCUAUUGUAUUAUCCUUGAUUCAACAAUUAUCUCACGAUCUGACGAAUAAUACUGAACUAAAGCACAAGUAUUUGGAAGCUGCAAUUGGAAGUUUGGACUAUACCAAUGACCACCACAAAGAAAAUACAAACUUAGUUUUAAUUAAGAUGGAUUCUAAUGUUGAGAAAUUCGUCCAACAGUAUCCAUUGAAUCCUUACAGUCGUAGGUUAAAAAUGUUACAGUUAGCUAUAAAGACAAUUAUAAGCUAUCAUUCAGCAAACAUCUGA